GCCUCCCCCUUUGCACCCAAUCGCCCCCCUCCCUCCUCCCCGAGCAGGCGGUAACAGGUGCCCGACGCACCCCUGCACCGCAACACGGCCGAGCGUGCGCAAGGCCGGGCCGGUGCGCGCCUCUGCAGCCGGGGCGAGGAGCGGUCGCCAGGCGGCGCGGAGGGAGGCGAGGCGAGGCGAGGCGAGGCUCCGGCGGUGCCCUGCGGCUGGCCGGCCGGGGGCGCUUGGCGCGGAUGGGCCGCGCGUCUGGCGCUUGAGCCGGCCGGGCGUCCUUGAGCGAGAGAGCGCGGGGGCUGCCCGGGCGGGGCGCGGAGAGAGAGAGAGACCCCCCCCUUCCACCCCCUCCCCACCCCGGGCAGCAGCAUGCGGCAGGGGCGCCCUCCCCAGCCCCCCGACGGCCGCCCGCGCCCCCCCGCCGCCGCCGCCGCCCCCGCCGCCGCCCGCAGCUGAUGGGGCGCUGAGCGGCGCCGGGGCGCAACGGAGGGCGCCGGCCACCGUCCCGCGGCGCAGCAGUCCCGGCGGCCGGAGCGAUGGGCGAGUGGACCAUUUUGGAACGGCUCCUGGAGGCUGCGGUGCAGCAGCACUCCACCAUGAUCGGCAGGAUUCUCCUGACAGUCGUGGUGAUCUUCCGCAUCUUGAUCGUAGCCAUUGUGGGCGAGACGGUUUACGAGGACGAGCAGACGAUGUUCAUGUGCAACACACUCCAGCCGGGCUGCAACCAGGCCUGCUACGACAAGGCCUUCCCCAUCUCGCACAUCCGCUACUGGGUCUUCCAGAUCAUCCUGGUUUGCACCCCCAGCCUCUGCUUCAUCACCUACUCCGUGCACCAGUCGGCCAAGCAGCGCGACCGCCGGUACUCUUUCCUCUACCCGCUGCUGGAGAAGGACUGCGUUCGCGACGGCAGGAAGGUGAAGAACGUCAACGGCAUCUUGGUCCAGAACCCGGAUGGCUCGUCCAAAGAGGAACCCGACUGCCUGGAAGUGAAGGAGAUCCCCAGCACCCCCAUGCGGCCCCCCAAGAGCUCCAAGGUCAAGCGCCAAGAGGGCAUCUCCCGUUUCUACAUCAUCCAGGUUGUUUUCCGCAAUGCCUUGGAGAUCGGUUUCUUGGCGGGCCAGUACUUCCUCUACGGCUUCAACGUGCCAGCCAUCUUUGAGUGCGACCGCUACCCUUGCGUCAAAGAAGUGGAGUGCUACGUGUCCCGCCCCACCGAGAAGACGGUGUUCUUGGUCUUCAUGUUCGCCGUCAGCGGCAUCUGCGUCCUCCUGAACCUGGCAGAGCUCAACCACCUGGGCUGGCGGAAGAUCAAGACGGCCAUCCGGGGCGUGCAGGCCAGGCGGAAAUCCAUCUGCGAGGUGCGGAAGAAGGACAUCUCCUCGCUGGCUCAAGUGCCUACGCUCGGACGGACGCAGUCAAGCGAGUCUGCCUACGUCUGAGCUGGUUCCGAUCCUGUGGGGGAAAAGGGGUGCUCGGCGGAUCGGAAGUCGCCGACGCAAAAAUCCGGAAGAUCGAACCGAACUGACCGCAAUACCUCCCAGGUUAACCAUGCAAUAUUCGGCGGGUGCUUUCCAAAAACCCUCCCUCUUUGUCGGAGGGACGGGUGCCACAUUCGCUUUAAGGGCUGAUUGGGGAAAUCCAGCCCCUGGGGAGUCAGGUGGCGGGGGGGGGGGUGGAGGUCUCUCCCCCCUUCCUCCAUUUGGCCCCACUAUUUUAACUUUUCUCAACUCUCUAUGGUGCAGGCUAAAAAGUGGGGUUCACAGGAACUUGUGCCUAAGAGGCCUUCCUUUUUACGGACUGGGUGAUGCAAGCGCAUGAAUCAGUAUGUAUGUGUGCGUAGGGGGGGGGUCGCUUUCCAGAGGGAUUGGGGGGGGGCUUGCUUUACGAAAAGGGAGGGGGAGAGGAAGCGCUUGCUGCGUCCUCUCUUGCACGGCCGGCUCUCUGCCACGAUGUAAAUAUUUCACAGGCAAAUGUGAUUUUUAAAAAAUACAAAACGAGGAAAAACAGAAAACCGGUAAGGUAUGCAAUAAAAAAAAGGAACAUUUUCUUCGUUGCUCUGGCAAA